AUGGAUAAACAAAUAACUAAAAUAUCUGAUCUUUAUCGUGAUAUAUGGUUUGAAAUCUUUGCAUAUUUUUAUGUUGAUGAACUUUUUCAUACAUUUUUUAAUGUAUUAAAUGAUAUUGAUUCUAUUCUCUUACACGAUAACCAACUUCGUUCUCAUGUUCGUAUUGGUUAUAGAUCAUCAACAAAUAUUCUUUUAAAAGUCAAUCCAAAUCAAGUCAUAUCGCUUUCAGUUGUCGAACUAGACAAAAAUCAACUUAAUAUUAAUAAUAUGAUUUAUCUUAAAUCAAUUAUAAUUAGAGGUUCAAAUACUGAUAAAGAAAUUGAAGAUUUAUUAACACAAAUGAUUUUAUUAAAAGAAAUAAAGAAUCUUUCAAUUUCACUUUAUUGUAAUGAUAGAGGUCCAGAUUUACUAAAUCUUGCAUUACGUAUACCUGGUUUAAAAACACUUUAUAUUGAUGAUACGAAUUAUUGGAAAAUAUAUAAUUAUCCUACAGAAAUAAUACAAUCACAAUCUUUAUCAAUUGAAAAUCUUUCUUUAAAUUUUUAUUGUCAUCUUGAAUAUAUACAAAGAAUUUUAUUAAAUUUACCAAAUAUUCGAACUAUUCGAGUAAAAUUACAUCGUAGUAAAAGAGGUUUUUCUGACAAUCUAAAUGAUUUAUUAUUUAAUUCAAUUAAAAAAAUUCAUUUAACGAUAUUGGACGUAUCAUUUGAUAGAAUAAUAUUAUUUGAUAGAAUAAUAUCAUUUAUUGAAAAAAUGUCAAAUAUUAAAAUCAUAAAAAUCAAUGGACAUAUUAUGGAAACACAUGAUAUUGCAUAUUUUCAAAGUGAAAAAUGGUUAAAAUUAUUAAACAUAAAUAAUAAAAAGAAAAAAAUUGAUGUUAAUUUAUGUUUCACACGAAGUUUUCCUGGUUUAUUAGAGAAUAAUACUGGUGUGAAUAUUUAUGAUGAGUUUAAUAAGCUCGGCCUUCAACUUACUUCAUCUACUAUUAAAGGUGUUAUUAAUUUAUAA